ACAUUAAUUCAGCUUCGGCCGGAAAAAAAAAAUUCUUAUAAAAGAAACAUGAGUGUAUACAAACAACCAACCAGCUUGAAUUAAACUUUGCUGACGCAGUUUUAAAUUACGGUUUUAAAUAUUUUCAGUUUCUUAAAUUAUGAUAAUCACUUUUUGAGGUUUAAUAUUCUAUGUUCCGGGCGAUGCGUGUAGAUUUGCAGACAUGCACUAAACAUUUGUUAAUGCGUGAGUGGUACAACUUCAUGCGAUCAGAAGUCGAUUUUGUUCACAUUUAGAAUCAUAAUGUUGUCCAAAUUAAUUUUUUUGCUCGUUGUCAUCAUUUAUUCCCUUUGUAUGUCGUUAUACGUGGCUCAAUCUUUGAGCUUCAAAGGUGUCAUUGAUGUCGCUGAUGGAAUUCUAGUUUACGGCAACUUUUUUUCGUUUUCGCAUCACAAACUUAAUUCCACACCGAUCGAAUCUCGCACAGUUUAUGGUGAGCAGGAUUGCAUUGCAGCGUGUACAGAGUCUUCUCAAUGCCGAUCACUGAAUUUCAGACUAGUUCCAGAUGCAAAUGGGAAAUUUCUCUGUCAACUUUUGGAUACUGACAAACUUUUUUUGUCGGAAUUGUUCAAUGCAAGCUUGGACUUCCAUCACCACAGCUUUACGGCCCCUUGUGAGCUACAUCCAUGCAAGAACGGAGGGACCUGUUAUCCAGUUAACGGAGACUACGAUUUCAAAUGCGCUUGCACCUCUAGUUUCGGAGGAAAACACUGUACUGACGACAAAAGGUACAAGAGCUGUGCGGAGCUGUUGAACGCUGGUUUCACCGAGGAUGGUUUCUACCAGAUCUGGAGUAAUCAGGCGGAAGUUAUUGAUGUCUAUUGUGAUCAGUCUAGCUGGGGUGGAGGUUGGACUAUGGUGUUCAAGGUGGUAUCUGGUAUCCCCGCUGACAUUUAUCAACUGUGGACGUCAGCAGAUUCUUUGAACGAGAACAAAACAGAAGCACUGAACGUCAACUCCUCAGUCAAAGGACAUUACAAGAACCGCUUUGUGCAAAACUGGCAAACCGCGAAACCUAAUGAGGCGCGAGUGGCACUGUACAGCAAUAAUGCGUCCAAACCUGAAGUUCUUUCCCUGGUGUUCAACACCACUAAUUCCAACAACGUGAACUGGUUUUCUAGAGAUCGUCUAACUCACUCACCCUGGACCAAUCUGUUCACCGAACCGCUGCUCACCUUCGAUCUACAAGGAUGUUGCGGAAGAGCCUUCUACAUAACCAAGAGUCAUGGUGGCUGCCCACUGGAUUAUGGAUGGCUCCUGGUGUCUUUCGGCGGUUGUGCUUACGAGUUGCGCUUUCCUAAAACAACGGUUAUGUAUAGUAACCACACAAGCUACACCAACUGGAAUAAUUAUGGAACUGUUGGCAUUGCAGAUACGUUGCUAGUGUAUAUUCGUUGAGACAUUACUGGAUAGUAAGCCUUAGGAUAACACAGCCGAGAGCUGAAUGAUGUAGUUUAUAACUAAUCCUUAUCGAUAGAAUAAUGCUCAGAAUUAAGAUAGAAAUAUAAAAAAAAUUCCCUUCUGAAAUACAACAGUGUAAUUAACGAUUAUUCCACGAACGCGCGUUGGGUAUAAGAUGGUAGAGAGCCAACGAGGCGCGUAGUGAGAGCUGGAAUAAUUGUUUUGUUAAAAACGCCCCAAAAUAUCAAAACUAAACUACAAUAAAAAAUAAUAACGCCCCAAGGACUAAUUUAAUAAUUUGCCAAAACUUCUUGAAGAUGUCUUAGGGUGCGUUCCUUUGGGGUGAACUGGAUCAGGAUCAGAGAUCGAAGAUCACUCGGAUCAUGGUGCAUCAA